UGUGGACGUGGCUAGAGUGAAGUGCAAAAAACACCGGUUGGUACCUUUAACACCUGCUACGUAAGUGCGCACGGAACUUUCACGGAUAGUGUCCGCGAUGGCCAAAAAGAUGAGGGCAGCAAAAACUGCAUGAAACUGAGUCCUAACUCGGGUUUACGUUAUGGUGGACAGAUUAAAGUUGGCGACACACUGGCUCUGGUGUUCUGAAAAUGGCUGGCAGUAUUCCGACUCGAAGUUACAUGAAGCCAACAUCUGUCUCCUCUAGUGCAAGUGGACACAACUACCACUUUGCAAAUAUGUCAAAUUCAGAAAAUGAUAUAUUGGAAGAUGAUAUUGACGAGUAUGAACUGCGGCCUCGCGGGAGAGAGAAAACGAGAAGAAGCACGUCAAAAGAACGUCUUGAUGAUAUUGUUUUUAUUAGCAAGGACAUAAACGAGGGGGAUACAUUAAAUUUCAUAGCACUUCAGUACUGCUGUACGGUUGCGGAUCUCAAGAGGUACAACAACUUCAUUAACGAUCAGGACUUCUUUGCAUUGAGGUCUAUAAAAAUUCCAGUGAAGAGAUUUAGUGUUUUGACUGAGACUCAUUUAUCGCCAAAGGGAAAAACUUCAAGAACUAUGUCAUUCCAGCCUUCACCAGGACUCCAAGACAGUAUUUCUGCUGUUGAUCCACUCUCUUCAGUGAGUGCAGAUAGUUUUCUACAAGAGGUAGACAGAGACAUUGAGCAAGUAGUGAGGUGCACAAAUACCAAAAAAGACAAUUUACAGGAAGUUGUUUCUGCCUUAGAUCAAGAGCUACAUUUUGAACCUGAGCACAAACCAGUUAAACCAAAAGAUCCGUAUUAUGGUGCAGACUGGGGAAUUGGCUGGUGGACCGCUGUUGUUAUAAUGGUGUUAGUGGGAAUAGUCACACCUUUGCUCUAUUUUCUGUAUUAUGAGGUUUUGAUGAAACGGAAUUACACAUUACACUAAAAUCUGUCCUCAGAAUCAGGAGCGCUCUUACACAUUUAUUACAAGAAAAAGGACUAAUAUAAAUAUUGGAGUGUAAUUUCCUUGCAGUGCAAGGGUUACAUGAUGCAAAGCAAUCUGCAUAUCUGUGCCUACCAUUAACAUUGUCAGCAGUGAAUGUAUUUUAACAUGGCAGCCAUAUUUUAAACUGUUUGUCACUGUCCUUGUGAUUUUAUGUAGCACACUAUGAGCUUUUUUUAAAUUGUUCUGUUCAAGAACACUUAAGUUGUAACAUGGGAGACUAUUGCAAUUCAUUCAGUCUGCAUAUUGCAGACUUUUGCACAUGAUGCGUAAAUCUUUGACCACUUGGUUGCUAGAGAGAGAGAUUUAAUUAAAUAGUAAUUAAAACACUGGUUGCUAGAGAGAGAGAUUUAAUUAAAUAGUAAUUAAAACACAAUUUUCUCUGAUAACCAAGGGGUUAAGGUUUACUUUAUUACAGGGAGAACUGUAGAUUGGGGUCAUCUUUGCUAGUUUCUGUGCAAUUUACAGUUCCAAAUAGUCCGUAAGACUUUUAGUAUCGUCAAACUGUUUUGAAUGCUUUUAUCAUGCAUUUUGAUAAUCAUGUAAUUGAUGCAAUGAAUGCAAAAAACACUAAGUAUUACUUUUAAAAAACAAAUAUUGGAUAAAUAGGAAGUUGUAUAACAGUGUUAUUGUUCUAGUUAUUAAUAACCACACACACAACUUUUGUUGUACUUUUUUUUUAAAUAUAUCCAUGUUAGGCAAGACGGUGUCAUCUAUAUUCAAUACAUCUGUAUGUAUAUAACUUGAAUAAUGUGUUUAUCAUUUAGACAAAGGUGACUUUCACUAUGACCGCAAUAAUAGUGUUUUCAGAAUAAUUAUGCUGCUGUGUGUGAAAUAGAAAUAUAUACACUUACAUACAUAAUAUGUUGUCAUGCUAGUGAAUAAGAAUUUUUUUUGUGCUACUUUUGUAGCCAAAGUAAACUUGAAUCAAUUUACUUAGUAUUGUAUUGAA